AUGACGUCCGUCAGCAGUGAUGUGAACGCGACAAAGCUGAAGUUCAGUGUGGACAGCAUAUUGGGGAAUAACGACGCCUCUCGUGCCGAUGCGCAGCCGUCGGAGGCCCCGCGCAGCCAAGAACCCCCUUGUGCGGGGUGCGUAGCAGCCCUCUACCGCUGUUGCAGGGACGAACCGCCUCUGCUGCAACUCCCUCUCUCCGUUCCCUACGCACAUUUGCACCCAGCGUUGAGGCCGACGACUGUGUACAGGCUACCGCUUCCAAGGGGUUCCCCACCGCAGCAAACUUCGACGCCACGCUGCGAUGUCACAUCCAGCGGUAAGAGGAAACGUUCGUGGUCACGAGCAGUGUUCAGCAACCUCCAGCGGAAGGGGCUGGAGCGCCGAUUCCAAAUUCAGAAGUAUAUAACCAAACCCGAUAGGCGACAACUGGCAGCAACAUUAGGACUGACAGACGCGCAGGUGAAAGUGUGGUUUCAAAAUCGCCGAAUGAAAUGGCGGCACACGAAAGAAGGGCGCGCAGGCCUCGGGGGCACUUUGGGCGGUAUGAAGGACUCUGACCCCUCAAACGUAAUCAACGAAGAUAAUGAAGACAUCGACGUCGACACCCUAAGCGAU